GCGCCUUUAACCCGCGCAUUUCCACGCUCAGCCAGUGGCGCUGCACCUCUCUGGAUCAGGCUACAUGCUAACCGUAGCCUCUCACCAGCUCCAGCUGCCCUGAGAAGGCUCCGCGCUACCGUUGUUGUUCCCCGCUGAGGAGCGGCAAGCUUUGCGUUCACAGAGCACGCGUGGCCCCCACCAGCACCCACGGUCCGAGAGUCGUAGCGAUGGGCAAGAAAUCUCGUGAAGAGGAGUCUUCGUCCUCCGACGAGGAAGAAUACGUCGUGGAGAAGGUGUUGGACCGCAGAGUGGUGAAAGGGAGAGUGGAGUUCUUCCUCAAGUGGAAAGGAUAUUCAGACAAGCACAACACGUGGGAGCCGGAGAAGAACCUCGACUGUCCCGAGCUCAUCUCAGAGUUCAUGAAGACCUACAAGAAAAGCAGCAGCGGCAGUGGGGGCUCGACCCCCAGCAGCAGCGGCGGCGCCGCGGCCAGCAAGACCAGCGCAGUGUCUUCAGGCCGUGCCAAAGAGUCCGGCAGCUCGAAGAAGAGGAGCUCGGAUGAGGACGAGGAGGGAGGCAGCAAAUCAAAAAAGAAAAAAGAAGAGGCCAUUCUAGUUGCACGUGGUUUCGAGAGAGGACUGGAGCCGGAGAAGAUCAUCGGAGCGACAGACUCCUGUGGGGACUUAAUGUUCCUGAUGAAAUGGAAAGACUCGGACGAGGCCGACCUGGUGCUGGCCAAGGACGCCAACCACAAGUGCCCGCAGAUCGUCAUCGCGUUCUACGAGGAGCGCCUCACCUGGCAUGAAGACGGGGACAAGAAGGAGAAGGACGCUGUGAGCGCGUGAGUGGACAAGCUCGAGAGGGGACGAUGCCUUCUCUGCUGCAGGGAAACUUGAGUCGGACAUUUCCACACCAACACUUGUCACCUUCCUCUGAACCCACUCCACCGUGUGUGUGGUCUUCAUCCAAACCCUGCUGGACUGAGGAGGACCCAUCUGACCGGAACAGCGGCGGACUCGGGUGUUUGGGGGGGGCGUUUCUGAUGUGUAUUUGUAUUUCCUCCUUUUUUUUUUUUUUUUAGAUGUCUUACAUGUUUUAGUGCUUCUGGGAUGUGAUGGCGUCCGAGUGUUUUGUAUCCGCCAACACCAGUGGCUGUUGAAGAGCGACACAGCCUCCCUCUGCCCCCGGAACCAGGACACAAGACUGACUCUUCCGUUCAUGUUUCUUUUUCUAACGUGUCAGGUUCCGGGUUGGGACCAGGUGGAUGGCUGCAAACGCUCCUGCUCUUUCUAGACGUCUUCGUUUCAUCUCCAUUUUAACUCGUCAAAUACAAUACUGGUGUUUUUUAUUUCCACGACCAUCAUUGUGAAAUACAAUAAAGCAGUUUUGAUCACUUUUG